CCAUUCCCUCUCCACACCAGAAAAAUAAAAUAAAAAAACAAACACAAAACGUAGACCCCUCUCUCUCUCUCUCUCUCUCUCUCUCUCUCUCUGAAAACUGGUAGUCAAUGGGCUCGGAAGCUCUAGUUCAUGUGUUUCUUGUAUCAUUUCCCGGCCAAGGGCACGUCAACCCUUUGCUUAGGCUAGGAAAGAAACUGGCUUCCAAGGGUCUUCUGGUAACUUUCUCGACGCCAGAGAGUAUCGGAAAAGAGAUGCGGAAGGCUAGCAACAUCACCGACGAGCCCACUCCCGUCGGCGAUGGUUACAUCAGGUUCGAGUUCUUCGAAGACGGUUGGGCCGAAAACGAGCCGAGACGCCAAGACCUAGACCAAUACCUCCCGCAACUCGAACUCGUCGGGAAACAGCUCCUCCCCAAAAUGCUCCAAAAACACGCCGAAAACGACCGGCCCGUAUCCUGCCUGAUAAACAACCCCUUCAUCCCGUGGGUCUCCGACGUGGCUGACUCCCUGAACCUCCCCUCCGCCAUGCUGUGGGUCCAGUCCGCCGCCUGCUUCUCCGCCUACUACCACUACUACCACAACCUCGUCCCAUUCCCGUCCGAAUCCCAAAUGGAAAUCACCGUCCAAUUACCCAACAUGCCCCUGCUAAAACACGACGAGAUACCCAGCUUCCUCUACCCCACCACGCCGUACCCGUUCCUGCGGAGGGCAAUCAUGGGACAGUACAAAAACCUGACCAAACCGUUCUGCGUUCUCAUGGACACGUUCGAGGAGCUGGAGCGGGACGUGAUUGAGUACAUGUGUAGGUACUGCCCAAUAAAGGCUGUGGGGCCGUUGUUUAAGAACCCGGAGGCGGCGGGGAAGGGGUCGAGGGCGGUGAAGGGGGAUUUUAUGAAGGCGGACGACAGUAUUAUUGGGUGGUUGGACCACAAGGAGGCGGCGUCGGUGGUGUAUAUUUCGUUUGGGAGUGUGGUGUAUUUGAAGCAGGAGCAGGUGGAUGAGAUUGCGGAGGGGAUUUUGAGGGCUGGGGUUUCGUUCUUGUGGGUUAUGAAGCCGCCGCACAAGGAUUCGGGGUAUGAGUUGCUGGUUUUGCCGGAGGGGUUCUUGGAGAAAGCAGGUGACAAGGGAAGGGUGGUGCAAUGGAGCCCACAAGAGCAAGUCCUGGCCCACCCAUCCGUGGCCUGCUUCGUAACCCACUGCGGCUGGAACUCGACAAUGGAAGCCCUAACCAGCGGAAUGCCGGUGGUGGCGUUCCCACAGUGGGGCGACCAAGUCACCGACGCCAAGUACUUAGUCGACGUGUUCAAAGUCGGUAUCAGAAUGUGCAGGGGGGAGGCCGAGGACCGAGUCAUCCCGAGGGACGAGGUGGAGAAGUGCCUGAGGGAGGCCACGAGCGGUCCGGUGGCGGCAGAGAUGAAGGCCAACGCCUCGAAGUGGAAGGAGGCCGCGGAGGAAGCGGUGGCGGAAGGCGGCUCCUCCGACCGCAACCUGCAGGCUUUUGUGGAUGAUGUUCGGAGGAGAAGUUUGGGUAUCGCGUUGAAGUCAAUCCCAGCUCUUGUGGAGUAAUAAAGUUUUGUAUGCGUGUGGUGUGGAUUCUAUGGAAAUUGCAUGGUAGGACACGUGUUGGGUAUCGAAUGGAAGCGGCCGUAAUCUAAGUGUUAAAUAAAUGUCAACGGACAUUACGGGACGGUAGCCCACCACAUAUCAGCCUGAUCUUCUUUCUCUUUCAGCUUUAGAAUCCUCUAUUUUGUUGUCAUCUCCUGCAUAAAAGGCGUGCUUGGGUCGCUUUUCUUUGUAAUCCCCAAUAUUCUAUUUUGUCUUAAUAAUUGUCUCCGUACUUAAUAUUUAUUAAUGUGGUUAUGAUUUUGUUGUA